UCGACUGCACUGCCUUUCCUCGCGCUCGAGGGGUUCUCCAAUCUUUCUGUGCAAAACAAAUGCAAACCUGAAAUUGGUAUGGUGAAAGCCAGGGCUGGAUUUUAACAUAAACAUAACAAUCAAGCUGAAGACCGCUCCACUGAAACGUGGCAUCUCAAUACAACUCUGCAGGUAAGAGUUGUGAACUUUACAUCUGGAAUCAAAUAAGGACAAGGGAAAACACAAACAUAUUUGACAAUUAUGUUGUUAGACAUUCUUCUGCAUCGCUAACUCGGUUGUGGCAUUUGAUAGCAAGGACUGACAACGCAUUUUAUGGAAGAACACUGUUUUCUUUGUAGCUAUGGAAUGGAAAAUAGGCUUAAAGAAAACUAUUCUAUUUAUUUCCCGGAAUAUUUACAUCUGAGUACCAACCAAGUCAAAAGCUGGGACGCGUUAAAAGGAUCAGAACACUAUACUCGCAAGGAAUAUUCAAUAAUGCACUUUCUCAUUUUAGUUAGUGUAUUGUUGGGUUUUGCUCCAUAAAAAACAAGGGAAACAAAAAGCAUGCAUUUAUUAUUAUAUUAAUAUACGACUCCCAGAUCAAAAGUGCAAUUUAUACGAAAAACAGCCACAACCGGUAUUUAUUGAACUAUCCUACUGGAGAAACAGAUACAUCUUACUAAUCUGAGAAUGUAGGCGACUGUAACAAGCACUACAGGUUUAAAUAAAUAAACAAACAAAUACCUAAAUAAAUAAUACGUUUCCUGGUUUUCAGUGAAAACUGAUUGAUUCCCAUUAGUGACCCAGAAACCAACACACCAUGCCCAGCUUGAAAACAGACGGCUGCCUCUUCAGACGGGACAGGCUGCACCACGGGACCAGAUAAACACGGUCAAACUGAUCAACCCAGACACGCCUCACCGCCUCAGCGGUCACGAACAAGAACAAAUCAGAUAAACGCAGUGCAAAUAUGAUCGAUAGUCUAUUUCAGUAACAUUAUAUAUAAGGCUAAUGACUGCCUAAGCCACUGUUUGCUGAUUAAGUAGGUUUGGGCAUAUGUAGAGAAGACUGGUUUACAUUCUGCGCUGGAUCCUAUACAAAUCCAUCUGGAUGACGGAAAGUGCACCAAGUAAAAGCGACUCCUUUAACAAUGUAGACAUUGUCUUGCUGUGUUUUUUGCUUUUUUACCGGAGCUCAUUUAGGAUUUUAAUUGUUAUGGAAAGAAAAACUAGCUGCAAGUCAUGCUACUUUGCCCACUGAAGAGGUUGUAUCUGCAUGCAGCUCAACAUGACCCCUGAUCAUUUUUAUAAGGUAAAUACAUGUAUUGCAUCAGGGGAGUUAUGACUUCUGCUUUUGGAGGAGAAAUGAUGGGUUUUAACACCACAGCAGUCAUUGAUAGUGAUAUUGCAGAGAAAGACUCCUCAGUUCGAGUUUUGACUGGCUGCUUUCUGUCACUGUUGAUACUGACAACUCUACUGGGAAACACCUUGGUCUGUGUUGCUGUUACAAAGUUUCGCCACUUAAGAUCUAAAGUAACUAACUUCUUUGUAAUAUCCCUGGCUGUUUCUGAUCUGUUAGUUGCAAUUUUGGUGAUGCCUUGGAAAGCUGUGACAGAAAUAGCUGGGUUUUGGCCUUUUGGUUCCUUCUGUAACGUAUGGGUGGCAUUUGAUAUAAUGUGUUCCACGGCCUCUAUUUUAAACCUUUGUAUUAUCAGCGUGGACAGAUAUUGGGCUAUCUCAAGCCCAUUCAGAUACGAGAGAAAGAUGACCCCAAAAGUGGCUUUUAUCAUGAUAAGUGUUGCAUGGACUUUGUCAGUGCUGAUCUCUUUCAUUCCAGUGCAACUGAACUGGCACAAGGCUCAAGUUACCAGCUUUACGGCAUUCAAUGUCAGCUAUGAAGGUUCGUUGAUGGAUAACUGCGACUCGAGCCUGAACCGAACCUAUGCCAUCUCUUCUUCUUUGAUUAGCUUUUACAUACCAGUUGCAAUCAUGUUAGUCACCUAUACUCGGAUUUACAGAAUUGCCCAGAAACAAAUCAGGCGGAUCUCUGCUUUGGAGAGGGCUGCAGAACAUGCCAAGAAUCGCCACAGCAGCACUAUGGACUCUGAAAGCUCAUUUAAAAUGUCGUUCAAAAGAGAAACCAAAGUUUUAAAAACACUGUCAGUUAUAAUGGGGGUCUUUGUGUGCUGCUGGUUGCCCUUUUUUAUUCUGAACUGCAUGGUGCCCUUUUGUGAACAUGCUUUGCCAAGUGGAGUUGCUGACUUUCCUUGCAUCAGUUCCACCACCUUUGAUGUAUUUGUCUGGUUUGGGUGGGCUAACUCUUCGCUGAACCCUAUCAUCUAUGCCUUUAAUGCAGAUUUUCGCAAAGCUUUCUCUGUUCUCUUGGGAUGCCACAGACUGUGCCCCACAAGCAACGUCAUAGAGACUGUGAGCAUUAACAACAAUGGGGAAGCUGUAUCGUCUUUCCAUUAUCAACCAAAAGGGUUCAUACCUAAAGAAGAAAAUGUGACCUAUUUGAUCCCUCACUCCAUUCCUUGCCAGGAAGAUAAAACUGAAAGGAAAGUGGAGGACGAUUCUGGGAUUAAGACCCUGGACAGAUUGUCUCCAGCUGUUUCAGGUACAUUGGACAGUGACAUAGAUGUUUCUUUAGAAAAGAUCAACCCUAUAACUCAAAAUGGACAACAAAAACAUGAACAAAAUCAACACAGUGCCAUUUGAGACCGCAACACAUUAACAUGGGAUAUUAUCUUUAAAUGACUUGAACAGUAAAAUGGCCUGAAUGCAGUCCUUAAUUAAGCCCUGUUUCAUAACAAAGACUCUGGAGUCCACAGAAUGUUCAAAGAACUACAGCACUUUAUCCUGACAGAAAAAAAACAAAAACAA